AUGGCUCAGCAGACUCGACAUCAACGAGCGGACUCAACUUCGAGUACACCUUUCCCCUUAUCGCCAUCUCGGAUCCCAAAACCUCUUGUCCAAAUCAGCACCAAUAUUCCAAGUCGCUCUGGCAACAAGCUUACACAUGUCACCAAAUCCUGGAAGCAAGAGACCCAACGGCAUCAGACGUUUGACAGCGGCUUCGGUGACAGAAGCGCGGCCAUCGAGCGCUACCAGCAAAGGGCAGCAUCAACCGAAAGAGAGCUGGCAAGACUGAGGGCUGAAAAUGUCAAAUCUGAGCUGAGCUUCAGUGCGCUUCGCAUCCGACUGGAGAACGAGAAAUCCGAGCUUCAACGCCAGCUAGACUCAACUGCACGUCAGCUCACUGCCGUCCAAGUCGAUAAAGCGCAACUCGAAAGGGAUGUUGCAUCACUUAGGACAUCAUUCGAGAAGAAGGUUUCUGAGCAUGAGCAACAAUUAGCCGAGGAGCGAAAUCAGCGAAUCAGUUUCAAGGAUCGGGCGAACAACCUAGGGUUUCAGUUGUUGGCGGUCUCUGGGGAAGUGCAAACGCUCAGUCAAGAUAUAGUACUAGCCGAGGAACGCGGGAGAAAAGCGGGAUACGAACAAUUUGCCAACGAGCGCACUGAUCUGGAGGCGCUCGCCUCCCAGGCCAGACAGAACGCGGAAUCGCUCGAGAAACAGCUCGUGGAGGAGCGCGCAGGUAAAGCUGAACUCGAAACCAAGCUCGAAGAGCUCAAGGCCCACUACGAGGAAACCCAGAACGAACGAGAACAAGCAUACAAAGCGAAAACCGAGGCAGAGAACGCGCUCAAAGAGGCACUCGACGAGCAGGGCCGCCUCGAGCGAGAGAACAAUGACCUGCGGGCGGCGAUCACAGAGAGGACGACGAACAAAAACACCAUUUUGGAUCAAAUCAGGAAAUCCAAGGAGGAAGUAUUGGAGCAGCUGAGCAAAGCACAGCAAGGGCUUCUGGAUUCAAUGAUGAUGGAGCACAACUCAGCCUCCACAAAUCUGAACGAACAUUAUCAGCAACUGGAAGACGACCAUCGACAACGAUACGAAGAACUCCGCAACCAGUUUAGCGGCCUUGCGAACAGCAUUGCCGAGCUUAAACGUGAACUUGAUGAAAGCAACAGAAAUGACAACCCCAAUCUAGCCGUCGAGCUGGAGAGGACUCUGACAGCCCGAUAUGACCAGCUACAAGAGCUGCUCACAACUAGCUCCCACUCGAUACAAGAGACACAAGAACAGCUACGGAGUAAGGUCGAAGAGGCAAUGAAAGCUCGCCAGCCUUGUGGGGCUAGUAAGCCAGUCGUCAGCCAACAUGUCCUGGAAGAAGUACUUCCCGUCGCUGGAGGUGCCUCUUCAGGAGCCAGAAAGGGCCAAGUCAAGUCCUGCAUUAUCUGGAAUAGGAGAUCUGGCAAGGUCCGAGUGUGCGUCUGUCCGCAGUCAUAA